UACAUGGACGUUGUUGCCUAACAAGUCGGGUCUUCUUAUUUCCGUGAACCAUCAAUACACUAUCUGCCCAGCACGUCUUUCAUAAAUCCUCCCGUACCAAAUCUGAACUGCCUUCUCUAUAAGAACACCUUCUGUCCUCCUCGAUCUCUCAAACCCCAAAACUACUGAAACGAUCAUGGACUCUUUUGCUUUGAUUACAGUAGAGAGUCCCUGCUUUGUUCUCUGCAUCUUCUUCUUGCUACUCAACUUCCUCAUUCUACUAUGGAAGCUGUACUGCAAACGAGUGAACCAGGCCUGCUACCUCCUCGACUACGUCUGCUUCAAGCCUCCGGAUGACUGGAAGCUCGACACCGAGCUCUGCGGCAAGGUUGUCAGGCGAAACAAGAACCUCGGCCUCAACGAGUACCAAUUCCUCCUCAAAGUGGUCUUCGGCUCUGGCAUGGGUGAAGAGACCUACGCCCCAAGAAGCCUGACCUCUGGGGAUCCAAACAGUUGUAAUCUAAACUCCGGUAUCAGCGAGAUGGACCAGUGCUUCAUUGGAGCACUCGAUCCUUUGUUCGAAAAGACUGGCAUCUCGCCGAAGGACAUCGACAUACUGGUGGUUAAUGUGUCGAUGCUAUGGCCGGCACCCUCUCUGUGUGCGAGGAUCGUGAACCGGUACAAGAUGAGAGAGGAUGUAAAGGCAUUCAACAUCUCAGGCAUGGGGUGCAGCGCCAGCCUCAUAUCCAUCAACCUCGUCCAAAAUCUGUUUAAGCUGCGCCCUGAGUCCCGGGCUCUGAUCGUGUCUGGGGAAAGCAUCGCACCCAACUGGUACGCCGGCAACGAAAAAUCGAUGAUACUCACGAAUUGCCUCUUUCGUACAGGUUGCUGCGCCAUGCUACUCACGAACCGCAGGGCCGACAGGACUCGGUCGAAGCUCUUACUAAAGACCCUUGUCCGUUUCCAUCUUGGCGCAAGUGAUGAAGCCUACAAUUGCGCGUCCCAGGUUGAGGACGACCUCGGCCGCCCCGGGGUCAAGCUCAGUAAGGACCUUCCCAAAGCCGCCACCCAAGCUAUUGUAAAAAUGAUAAAGGUGCUGGGACCCAAGAUUCUGCCAACUAAAGAAAUACUUCGUUAUUUGGUCAUCCGAUUCUUGGCAGGAGCCGGAUCCGGACCCAUGAGCCUGAACUUCAAGACCGGGGUAGAGCACUUCUGCAUUCAUCCUGGGGGGGCCGCGGUGAUAAAUGCUGUGGAGCGUGGCCUUGGCCUGAGCCGCUACGACCUCGAGCCCUCUAGGAUGACGCUCCACCGCUGGGGGAACACGUCUGCGAGCUCCCUCUGGUACGUGCUGAGCUACAUGGAGGCCAAGAAGAGGCUGAGGAAAGGGCACAGGGUGCUGCAACUAACCUUUGGCUCCGGCUUCAAGUGCAACAGUUGCCUCUGGGAGGUGGUUAGGGACUUGGAGAACCUCAACCACAACGUGUGGGAGGAUUGUGUGCACCGUUAUCCUGCUCAAAACCUAACCAACCCCUUCAUGGAGAAGUAUGGGUGGAUCAAUGACAACCCUGAUCCCAUUAGAAUUGCACAGGCCUUCGAUGAGAGCUGAGUGUAGCUGCCUUUUCCAUGCAAUAAGAGUUAGAGGAGUCGGGCUUGAGCUUAAGUGUUAGCCGUUGAUGUCAAGCAAUGUUACAUCUCAAGUUCGAUUCCUACCAGCCAAUUACCCAAAUAAAAAAAAAUUUAUAAUAAAUGUGUAUAUGUCUGUAUUAUGUAGAUGUUUGUAUUAUGCAUAUAAGAGUGAUUUACGUAUGGAUUUUAAAUUUGUUUUCAAAAGAUAAAAUGCUCCACUUAUAUGUGAAAAUUACAAAAAAGGUUGGUCAACCCUUUUUAUCAAAAUUGUUCAUCGAUCUAAGAACAUCCUCUAACCGAACUUUAUUUUAUUUUAUUUUUAGUUGUUUCAUUUAGUAGAACGCUACCCUAAAGCUUGUGGCACUGCCAUAUUAACGAAAAAAGUUUUAAAAAAAUAAUAAUAAUAAUUUAAAUUCAGACGGAGGAUUCCAUCCUCAAAGUGAAAGGCAAUUUAAAAAAAAAAACAAGUUGAUCUACCUGCUUUUGUAAUGUCGCAUAUAAAUGGAGCAUUUCGUAGUUUUUUAAAAAAAUUAGGAUCUGCAUGUAAAUCAAUCUAUAUAUUAAACAACCCGAGUGGCAUAUCAGUGAAAGAGGUUUUGAUAGCUUCUCAAAGUCUGUCAAACUUUUUGAGGGACUUUUGAGUGGAGAAACGGUGCUGACAGAGGUGCCAGUCGUUGACAUUGAAUGUAUCGGAAGAUGGUUGGACAAUGCAGAAUAUAAACCGGUACUCUCCUAAGUCAUAAUAAAGGGCGGUUGUGCUUAUCCUCUUAUCUUUUGUACUUAUUCACCGUGUGAUUUCUAGUUGAGUGUCACGUACAUUGGGUUGAAAAUUUGAA